GUUUGACAGCUGGCAAAUGAUUUUUCUUCCCAACUAAAAACACCAGGCAGGGAAGGAAUCCGAACGAAAGAACUGCAUCGAAAGGGCCCCGUAAAUUGCGGUUUAUUGUCCCGAAAAUGGCAUCUCUAAUCCUUGUAAAUGGGGUGCAACUGGCAAAACAACAAACCGGGCUGCUCGGGAUCGUCUGUCUGAAGGCCAACUAUAGCAGCGAUGCACCGCGCAAGAUUAAAACCACCAAUCUAGCCGCUAUGAAACGCGGUACCGGUGGCCGUUCGAGUUUCAAUGGGAUCGUUGCGACGGUGUUCGGUAGCACCGGGUUUCUCGGUCGUUAUGUGUGCAACAAGCUGGGAAAAAUUGGCAGUCAAGUCAUCAUCCCGUACCGGGCGGAUCACUACGAAGCGUUGCGUCUCAAGCUGGUCGGCGAUCUCGGCCAGGUACUGUUUCAUCCGUACAAUCUGCGGGAUGAGGAAGCAAUUUACAAGGCGGUUAAAUACUCGAACGUCGUGAUUAAUCUGGUUGGACGCGAUUGGGAGACGAAGAACUUUACCUUCAAGGAUGUGCACGUGGAUGGCGCACGCCGUUUGGCACGGAUUGCUCGUGAGGCUGGAGUAGAGAAGUUUGUUCAUGUGUCGAGCCUGAACGCGACACCGAACCCGCAACCGUUCUUCACGAAGGAGGGCAGCAAAUUCCUGCAGAGCAAGUACUACGGUGAGCUGGCGGUGAGGGAAGAGUUCCCGGAGGCGAUCGUAUUCCGUCCGUCGGACAUUUACGGCCAGGAGGAUCGUUUCCUGCGCUACUAUGCGCACAUUUGGCGCCGGCAGUUCCGUGCCAUGCCGCUGUGGUACAAGGGCGAGCGCACGAUUAAGCAGCCGGUGUACUGUGCGGAUUUGGCGCAGGGUAUUGUGAACGCGAUCAAGGAUCCGGACAGCCAGGGCCAGACGUAUCAGGCCGUAGGUCCGCGUCGGUACAAGCUAUCGGCGUUGGUGGACUGGUUCCAUCAGGUGAUGCGGAAGGAUGAGAAGUGGUGGGGCUACUAUCGGUACGAUCUGCGCUACGAUCCGACGUUCCGUAUGAAGGUGCUGCUGACGGAGCUGGUGUCGCCGUCGUUCCCGAUCGGCGAUGUGCAUACGGAGCGUGUGGAGCGUGAGUACGUGAGCGACGAAGUGCAGAAGGGUGUACCGACACUGGAGGAUUUGGGCGUCAAUCUGACGUACAUGGAGGAUCAGGUUCCAUGGGAACUGAGACCGUACCGUGCCGCCCUGUACUACGAUGCUGAGCUAGACGAAUUCGAAAAACCAACGCCACCACAGUACAUCCAGUAAAGGAGCAUGGCUUCCGUGCGUAUUCUAGUGUAGAGUGCGAGCGAGCGAAUUGUGGUUGGU